AUGCCCAGCUCUACUGCAAUGGCAAUUGGAGCUCUCUCCAGCUCUCUCCUGGUAACCUGCUGCCUCAUGGUUGCCCUCUGUAGCUCCACCAUCCCCCUGCAGAAGCUGGCCAGGGCACAGGACAAGCAGGAGAUCAAGGCCAGCCAGGAGAAGAGGGACCACGCGUCGGCGAGGGACAGCCAGGCCGGCGCGGGGAAAGUGGGCGAGAUCGGCCGCAGCGGGAGGGAGGAGGGCGGCAGGGACUGGAAGAGCAAAGGCAGCAGGAACUACUCCAACAAGGAGUCGUGGACCAAGCAGAAGCAGGCUUGGAGCAGCCAGGGGACGGGCGGGAAGUCUGCCAGCGUGCCGGUCCAGGAGCAGCGGGACAUGGCGGCCGAGGCGCCUCGUCUAGCCGAGGCCUCGUCGCUGCCGGCGGCAGUGGCCAGCGCUACCCCGGAGCCCCUGGAGGAGUACGCCUACCCGGACUACCGCGGGAAGGGCUGUGUGGAUGAGAGCGGCUUCGUCUACGCCAUCGGGGAGAAGUUCGCGCCAGGCCCCUCAGCCUGCCCCUGCCUGUGCACGGAGGAGGGCCCGCUGUGCAUGCAGCCCGAGUGCCCCAGGCUCCACCCUCGGUGCGUGCAUGUGGACACCACGCAGUGCUGCCCGCAGUGCAAGGAGAGGAAGAACUACUGCGAGUUUCGGGGGAAGACCUACCAGACCCUCGAGGAGUUCAUGGUUUCUCCAUGUGAGAAGUGCCGCUGUGAAGCCAAUGGUGAAGUGCUGUGCACUGUGUCAGCUUGUCCCCAGACCGAGUGCGUGGAUCCUGUCUAUGAGCCUGAUCAGUGCUGUCCUAUCUGCAAAAAUGGUCCAAACUGCUUUGCAGAAACCACUGUCAUUCCUGCGGGCCGAGAGGUGAAGACUGACGAAUGCACUAUAUGUCACUGCACUUAUGAAGAAGGCACAUGGAGAAUUGAACGACAAGCUAUGUGCACUAGACAUGAAUGCAAACAAAUAUAG